UGCACCGUCAGCUGAUCACCAAAACAAACCUUUACACCAAAACAUUACCUGGAAAUCAACAGUUGAGGGAAAAAAUAGCCUAAGAAUGGGUAUCUUCUUGUCAUGCUGUGGUGGAGGUGGGUCCUCAAGCUACCAUGAUAUGGACAGUGAUCUUGAUGCAGAAACACGUCGACGACAGAUGGCAGAAGCUGCAGAAAACCGUCUGAAGGCUCAGGAAGGUCGUGGGAUUAGAGACCCGGCUGCACUCAAACAACGACAAAAGCGAAUGGAAGAAAUCGAACGAAAACAAGAAAUGACGGAAGGCAAUGAAGGUGGACUUCGGUGGCAAGUUGGUUAACAGUACAGAAUUCAAGUUGAAGAAGAGCCUCUAAUACCUAUACUAAGAAAUGUGUCACUAGCCUGUGUUCAAGAUAUAUAUGUAUUUUAUCUUCAAGGAUGGAAAAUAGCCUUACUUUUGCCGAAUUUUUGAUUUCAUGAAUCUCUCGUUAGGGUUCUCACUACCCUCUCCCUAUUGCACGUAAUAUAGUUGUCAUGAUCGUAUCCUUAUCCCUGAAUCUUCUCCAAACACUUAUUUUAUAAGGUUUCCCAAUUUUUUUUAUCAUGAGGUCAAUCUGAAGAAGAGGAGUAUGCUGUGAGUUACAUGAAUGUGACACCGUGUUUUUUGUUUGAUUGUAGAAGUCAUUGUCCAUAGAUUAUGUCAUACACAUCUGUAAUAUUUGUUAUCUGUCUAUUUCUAGAUAUUGUAGCUUUUAUGGGAUACUUGGUUUAGACAGGUUAUUAAAAACUCUUUGUGGUAGGUACAUUUUUUUUCAUGUGUUAACUUGAUGAUGGCUUUGUGACUGACUUGGUAUAGAUAUUGCCCACACAAUAACCUUGUAAAUAAUGAUAACAGUUAAAUAAAUCAAACAAAUAUAUAUAGAUAUAAAGAAUGUCACACAGAGCAGAUGUGAGGUUUUAUAGUCAGAGUUGUAUAUUCAGUUUCUAAUUUACAGUUUAGUUGAGCUUCCACAUUGACUUUCAGUUUCUUUUUUUAAGUUGUGAUGUGUUUCCAAGUGUUUGAUUCAUGGAGAGGUGUUUUGAGAGUCUCUCUAGAAUGCCGGAAAUUAUGAGAGCUGAUCUGGCCAUUGCCUUCUAAGCAACUACAGUAUAUGAAUACUUGUACCAAAAACAUAUGUGGGUAAAACAUCAAUUUACUGUAAAAAAAAAAAUAAUCAGGAAACUAGACUAGAGGAAAUGAUAUCAAGUAUAUCAACUUUCCAUCAAAUAUUGAUUUGCUGAAAGUUGUGAACUAGAAACUUGCUUGCAAUACACACAAGAUGAAAUGCAUGAUAUUGGCUAAAUGUUAUACUUCCUUAGGUGACAUUAGUAGUUUAAGUUAUGAGACAACAGAGAUUACCAUUGGUAGUUAUUCAGUGUGCAAUUAUAUACAAACACAUUUAGGUAGAGAAACAGAAUUUUAACCCCUAAAGGACAAUAUAUGGUAAUUUCCUUCCUCAUAUAUGUAUGAUAUGCAGGGUCAAUGAGAGCACAAGUCAUUUUCCCUGCCAAUUUCUUCAUUUAUUUACUGUGGAAUUUUGAGUCUCCCUUUCAAUUUAUUUCAGUCGUGAGUUCACGCGCAGCUUUGGACUUUCCCGUCCUUUAAGGGUUAAGUUAAAGAUUUAGUGUAUGACAUUACCAUCGUGUUCAUUCAAAUUAUAUGUCUUGCUGUAGUUUGUUACAUAUACAUAUAUACAUCUCAAUACUGUAUUGCACAUAUGUAUUAAUGUUUUGCUGUGUUCUUAAUAUAUAAGAUUAUUUACUCUCUUAAAAGUAUGUUUGUAAUUUCAAGGACAAAAGUGCAUCAGUAAUUCCUUGUGAAAGACAAGUCUGAUAAUGUAAAAGAGGUAGAGCAAGCAUGAAAAACUGAUGAUGGGAGUUGCAACAGAUUCAGAUUGACACGGGUCAUGGGACUAAGGUGAAGGUGGUACAAUUUUUAAUUAUCAUUUGCUUUGAAAUCAUCCUUUACAAUAGUCCAUGUUUUUAAAGAGCAGUAUCAAUACUUUCAGAAAUAUAAUGAAACUCCUUUUUUUCUUUCUUUAUUUAUUUUUUUGUUAGUAAGCUAAGUGUUAUAACAUACUGAUCUGAUUCUAUGAUCAUAUAUAAAUCGUUGUAUUUGAAUUAUCAUUGAUUGUGUUUUAGAAGAUGAGAAUGCUAUAAUUUUGAGUGUGAUUAAUGUAUAUUGGAAUCAUCAGAGAUGUAGACACUAGUAGAUAAAAAAAUAUUCUUAAUAUCUUUCUUCAUCAUUUGUAAUGAAUAAAACCAGGUGCUUAUUUAUUAAUUUAUUCUUUCUUAUCUGCAAAAUAGUCUCAUAUUAUGGGAAUUAAUCUCCAAGUUAGAAAUUAGGGACAUAUAAAAGGGGGAAAUGGGCCAUUUAAUGUUAAGUGGUAGAAACCAAGAAGAGAUUUGAUUUAAGAGAAAAUAGAUAAGGCAGGAAAUGUGUUUUAUUAUUUCAAGUGUGAGAUUAAAAAAAAAAAAAAAAAAGGAGCACUUUGCAGGUUCACAAGUAGAUAACUAGUACUAGAAUCAGGACAUUAAUUUCCAUGUUAGCCUUGCCCAUUUUACAUAAUUUGAUUUGCACUUACCUAGAAUUUUGAAACAGGUGUAUCUUUGUCUAUCUUCAUAUUUGCUUUAAAAAAAGGAAUACAGAAAGUCAAAUGUGCCCAUUUUUGAAGGGUAAUGUAAGCAAAACUAUAUUACAUUGCAGGUUAUACAAACUGACAGUUAUUUAUUCAUGCAAGCAAAAUGCCAAAGAACAAAGAAUUUUGCAAAUAGUAUUUUGUAUUUUUAUAUGGAUUCUUAUGAAUCUGAGCUUUAUACAUGUAUUUUAUAUACCUUUCUAUCUGUGCUAUUUUCAACACAGAAGUUUGUUAAUACAGCUCUUCUUUCCACAGUUUUUUUUUUUUUUUGUCUACAUAAUUUAUAUUUCUGGAUGUGCAGCCAGUAAUGUUGUUUGGUGUGAACAUUAAUUACGUUAUGGAUUGUCUAAGACAGAAAUUGUUCAUGUUUGUUUUAGUUGAAGAAGCUGUAAUAAUGGCAUGGGUACUUAUUGUUAUUAUAUCCUUGUUUUCCCAUUUUCCAUUAAACGAAAUAUAUUAAAGAAGUAUUCAAGCAUUUUCCAUUCUUGUUUUCAAAAUUAUGUAGUCAUUGAAGCUUAUUUUAAUCUUGAAAAUUAUUAUGAAAUCUAGUUUUACCUUUUUUUUUUUUUUAUAAAAAUCAAGAGGAUCUGACUUUUUAGAAUAUAUGAUUAUAUAUAUUUUCUGACAGUAAAAGUAAAUAGAUUUUUGGACAAAAUACCUCAAUGCAUUAUAUAUUACAGUGUCUUUUAAAGUAAUGAGCCUGCCUCAUAAUGCAGCAAAAUUCAGAGAACUGAAUUAAAACAGGUCUUUAGGGAUGUUUGUAGCAAAUAAGAAGUGUGCAUUAUACAUUUUCAUUAGCCAUUAUAUAUAUAUAGUAAUCUGUAUCAUUCCUUUUUUCUCUUCACCCUCUACCAAAGAUCUUAUUCACCUAAAAUAAAGCAUGAAUUUCUCUCUUCCAUUCAUUAUCCAUUCAUCCCUGUAUUCACUCGGCACUGAUUUUGUUUUUCGUUUUAUGGUUUGAAAUUGUGGUUUUAUAUCCUGUACUUAAACACAUCUUGUAAUCACACAUUGAAUCACACUCACGGAUAAUGAUUUCCCUGCUGCCUUAUCAUAUGGUUUUUAAUACUUUCUUUAUUGUAUUAUACAUUGUGAGAUACAAAAUAAAUUAUGUUACACUGUA